GUCUCAGCCACACAUGCUUAUUUAAUCGGGGGCUGGCUUACUGACAUCUCUAGAGCUACAGGCCGUUUGGCCUGCUGGUGUAAAACACGCAUGCCGGCCACCCUGGCUGGGGGUGAUCUGGAGGAGGAGAGUUUCUGGUUAAUGCCAUUCCUGUUGGGGUGUGAUGCUUUUAUUUAUUUCCUUUCUCUCUUCCCUGCUUCCUCCUCCUGGCUCUUCUUUGUCCCAGGGCAGCACAUGUGGCAGGGCUGGGUGUCUCCUAGGGUCACUGCCACAACAACGUGUAUGGAAAAUAAAGCGUCUUGUGCAAUAUGGUGCUCGAGGGAGCUGUGAGGGAGCAGCUCCUGGAGUUCCCAUGUGGCCUUCGAAGGCAACUGCAGGCAGGGAGCAAAAGGAGAGGUGGAAGGAGGACACAUGCUGCUGCAGGGGCUCCUGGUCUGUGAUCUGUCCCCAGUGCUGGGGUCUGUGGCGUGGGGACAAGAGCACGGCGAUGCAUCCCGUGUUCCUGGGUGCUCACCCAGGAAGCACCCAAUGCUGCCAGCAGCCCUGGCCAAGGCUGCAAAAAUUCCGUUUCUUCUUUCGGGCUCCUUGCUGUCCAGGUUUUCAGUGAGAUCAGAAUAAGUGGAAUUUAAGGCUUUGGAGUAAAAAAAAAAAAAAAGGUAAAGCUUUGAUAGCAAGGGACUCCAGUGCUGGUGCUUUCAAAUCAGCCAUGCGCAUGGUGCAGGACUCUAUGUGCACGACAGGGACUGAUCCAGCCUCAGCCACUGCAAGGGGCCAGAUGCUGGAGGAAGGGGGUAAAAAUUACCCUCUUCCUUAUUGCCUUGGGGAUGCAAAUUUUUUGCUAACUGGUUAUUAGAAUGACUUUGUGAACAAAAUAUGAGGGCAGAAAUCGGUGAAAGAUGCAUUUCAUGAUCAUCUUCAAACUCUGCAUCUCUCUUCACCAGGACUCCAGAGCAGCACGUUUGGUUUCCUGUUCCCUGAGCGUGAGAAGAGGUAACUGGAUGGGAGGGUGUUAAAAUGUGGCUACUUCUGCAAAUUUCCCAUCAUAGCAGUAGCUGUGGCACAGCCUGUGAAGCAGAGAAAUAGUCACCAGCUUUGUUUUUCCCUAGGGUAGAGGCCUGGGAGGGGAGCAGAAGAUGUUGGCCCAGGAGGCAAUGCCAGUGCAUUCCCUCACGCAGCAGGACCUGAGCCCAGCUGGGGCUCUGCUACCUGUGCCUGUCCCUGAGUGGGCAGUGAUCCUUCCCCAAGGUUUGCUGGGGACUCGGGAGCUGCUGGACCCAGAGCUGCUCAGGACGGCUGCAAUCUCCAGCUGGGCUCUGCCCUGAGAGAUGUCUGGGGUCCCUCCAGCCACCAAGGAGGUGACAGAGGGAGAAGGGGACGUGUGGGUGGGGAAAUGGAGCUUCCCUGAGCAGCACAUUUCCCUCCUCCCCUUUUAUCCCCCAGACACAAAGCUGGCUGCUAUUAACUCCUCUGAAGUGCGCCUUGCUGCUCUGGGCAUCAAGGAUGCUCAGGGGAUGGGCGUGCUGUUGUGAUGAGACACACACACGCACGCGUGUGUAUCCUCCCUGUGCACCGCUGCUGCCCGGGCACCUCACCUGCUUCUCUGCUUAGGCAGGGGAGAAGGGCAGGCGUGCAGGCAGCUUGUGCUAGCUUUGCUUUGCAGCUCUACGUGUGUUUUAAAAGCCCGAGUAGUCCGGAGACAGCUUGGGAGGCUCCCAGGGCAGGGAUGCUCCCCAGCCAACCCUGCUAGCCCAUGUUAGGCAGCAGCCAAGUGUUGAAGGCUUCGGGGGACGCCAGGGUUGCCUCUGGGCCAGGGUGUGUGCCCAUGGUCUCCUCGCAUGGAGGAUGACUGCCAAGAGUAAUGGUCUGCACAGCUCACCAGCAGACUGCCAUCCCUGCCCGCCCGCCCAAGCCCGAGAGGAUGGUGACACAGAGGGCACGGGGCUCAGCACCAGGAGGACCAGCUCAACCCAGGAUGACACCUCCUCAGAGCUGCAGAGAGGGCGUCCUCCGGAUGGGGGGGAGCAGCCGGCUGCCCCCGCUUUCCAAGGCAGGCGAGCCUUGGCCAGGAUAGUCCGACUGGUGCUGGUGCUGAGGGACUGGGCCAACAAGAGCUUGCACGAGGAGCAGCAAAGGCCAGACCCCUUCCUUGAGCGCUUCCAGGGCCCUGAGCUCCAGACAGUGGCUGCAGGUGCUGGGAACGAUCUAGAGGAUGAGGAGACCGAGGAGGAAAACAAAAAGAAAAAAUGGCAGAUCUUUGUGGUGGACCCUGCAGGGGACUGGUAUUACCGUUGGCUGGCUGUCAUUGCAGUUCCUGUCCUCUAUAACUGGUGCUUGCUCGUAGCCAGGGCUUGCUUCAAUGACCUGCAAAAGACCUAUGUUGUCCUCUGGCUGGUGUUAGACUACAUCUCGGACUCUAUCUACAUUGGGGACAUAGUGAUCCACCUGCGCACAGGUUUCUUGGAACAGGGCCUCCUGGUUAAGGACCUGAAGAAGUUACGGGAUAACUACAUCCACACCUUACAGUUCAAGCUGGAUGUUAUCUCCAUCCUGCCCACAGACCUGGCAUACUUUGCUGUGGGAUUACACUGCCCUGAAUUGCGUUUCAACAGGCUACUGCACUUCUCCCGCAUGUUUGAGUUCUUUGAUAGGACUGAGACCAGAACCAGCCACCCUAACAUCUUCCGCAUCAGCAACUUGGUUCUUUACAUCCUGGUCAUCAUCCACUGGAAUGCAUGCAUUUAUUAUGCCAUCUCCAAGGCCGUAGGCUUUGGAGCAGACACCUGGGUCUAUCCCAACAUCACAGACCCUGAAUAUGGGUAUCUGACCCGGGAGUACAUCUACUGUCUCUACUGGUCUACGUUGACUUUGACUACCAUUGGAGAGACCCCUCCCCCAGUGCGUGAUGAAGAGUACCUCUUUGUGAUCUUCGAUUUCCUCAUCGGUGUCCUCAUCUUUGCCACCAUUGUGGGGAAUGUGGGAUCCAUGAUAUCCAAAAUGAAUGCCACCAGGGCAGAGUUCCAGGCAAAAAUUGAUGCCAUCAAACACUACAUGCAGUUCCGCAAGGUGAGCAAAGAUAUGGAAACCAAAGUCAUCAAGUGGUUUGACUACCUCUGGACCAACAAGAAGGCAGUAGAUGAACGGGAAGUCCUCAAGAAUCUCCCUGAUAAGUUAAGGGCAGAGAUUGCCAUCAACGUUCACCUGGAGACACUGAAGAAAGUGAGGAUUUUCCAGGACUGUGAGGCAGGUCUACUGGUGGAGCUGGUGCUGAAGCUUCGCCCUCAGGUGUUCAGCCCAGGGGAUUACAUUUGCCGGAAAGGAGACAUUGGGAAAGAGAUGUACAUCAUCAAAGAGGGGAAGCUGGCUGUGGUGGCAGAUGAUGGAAUGACACAGUAUGCUUUGCUCACGGCAGGAGGCUGCUUUGGUGAGAUCAGCAUCCUCAACAUUAAAGGGAGCAAAAUGGGCAACAGGCGCACAGCCAACAUCCGUAGCUUGGGCUACUCUGAUCUCUUCUGCCUGUCAAAGGAAGAUCUUAUGGAAGCAGUCACAGAGUAUCCUGAUGCCAAAAAGGUCUUGGAGGAGCGUGGCCGGGAGAUCCUGAUCAAGGAAGGGCUGCUGGAUGAGUCAGCUGCAGAGGCAAGCACGGAAGGGAUUAGCAUGGAGGAGAAACUGGACAGGCUGGCCUUGAACCUGGACACACUGCACACCCGCUUUGGCCGGCUCCUGACAGAGUACAAUGAUGCCCAGAUGAAGCUCAAGCAGCGCAUCACUGUUCUGGAGUCCAAGAUAAGGCAGCAGGAUCUGGAGGACUUCUUCUCUGAUAGUUCAGACAGUCUGCUUGAGGAUGAGGAGAAAGAUUUACCUGGUGAGAUGUAAUGAGGGGAUGCAGAGAUCAGCUAGAUGAUGUCUGGCCUUGUGCUGAGACAGUGUUUGCUAUUUCACAAGGCAGAUACUGUGACUUCUUUCAGGUCCUUAGCACUGCUGCUGCCACUGCCUUGAUGGCAGCUCCUGAGAUGGCUCCAAGUCAGGUGAUGGUCCUAGCUCCUCCUCUGGCCUGUCCCUUUUCUUGUUGCCUUGAUCUGAGACCUUGGACUUUGAUCACUAAAAAGAGGAGAAUGGCUAAUGCCACUGCUAACAUUUCCUUCCAGCUUCUGCAAAAGUUCUGUGCCUAUCACACCUCCUUCCUCCUAUUUGCCUUAAUAGAAAGUGGGACAUGAACCUUGCAUGGAGGGGUACCUGGACACGCUGACCUCCCACGUAUGUUGAGAAGACACAGAGUCAUAGUGGACUGAGCCUGCCAUGUGCCACCUACCCAUCCACACAGGGACAAAGGAGCAGAUGGGCUUUGGAAGAUUCCGCAUUCCUUGCAGAUAACAAAACCACCCCAACGACAGAGACCGAAACACAAGCCAGAUAUUUACAAAUGCAUUUUGGGUUGGGCCUUUGUAACUUGCUUUAGGUAAAUACUCUUCACUGAGUGUCUGCAGACACCCAGUCUGUACUGAGAGACUCCUUACCUGCAAAAUACCAAAACUCAACUAAGACGGCCCAAUCUGUGCCUCUUAUGUCUGCAAAUGGAGAGGCUUGUCUGGGUCAUUGUCACUACCUAGGUCAUCUCCACCACCCACACUGAGGCUGGACAUCUAGCUGGAAGGGUAGGCAGCUGCCAUCUUCCUGCCUGCCUCUUUUCCCUCUGCUAUAUUUGGUGCUGUCAAAGGGCAUCUGGUGCAGGUGGCUCGGUACCCCAAGCACUGCACCUUCCUGGGGGACAGCAUUCCCAAGCCCUCCCGCUGUGGAGGCAGCAUGAUUUCCAUUUGGGCUAUGGAUAUCUUGGAUGACAAGUACAAUACAGAGGUAAAGACGGCGGCUCGCUGGCCCGACAGCACCUGUUGUGCUUUGUGCAGAAGGAAGACAGUGAUUGUCUCUCAUCCAGCUAAUGAUGGCCAGAUGUGCCAGGAAGGGUUUGACUGAAAUGAGACAUUUUUAAAGAACAAAGCAGUGGUGGGACCCAACUGUGCCUGUAUUUGCUUGGCUGUGGGUAGCUCAGAGAGAGAGUGCAGAACACAUUUAUUUUCUUAGGCAGGAGGUUUUCUUGUACUCAGUGGGAGUUUGGGGGCUUUGCAGGCCAGUUGCCUUCUGGAGGAGAAAUGAGUGGCUGAGCCAUGGGGACACAUGUGCAAGGGUGAAAACAUGACACCAUCGCAUGCGCUGGCAAAGAUCUGCCAGGCUGUGCUGCAGCCCUGCAGGCUCCACAGUGUGAGCAGCUUGUUGGUGAGGGGUGCAGUGCAGGAAAGGCCACCAAAACCCUGCAAGCAACAGCAGCCUCAGCACAAGCAGUAAUGCUACCCAUGCCUAACAGUACUGAACAGGUGCUGGGACUGGGGCACGCAACCUUAGUGCUUGCUUCUGUCGUGUAGCUUGCCCUGACCUGCGUGUAGGCAUCUGGGACCUCCUGCUCCUGCCCACUGGGUCCAUGGGGUGGGCUGGGGCUGGUUUCCAAGGAGGAGAAUAGUUGGUGGAGAAGGGAAUUUUGGAGGAAUUAAUGUUCUGGGUCAAAUUCAGCCAAUAGUUUGGCUAAAAUAAUGGGACGACACAUGGGGAGGUAUCAACCCGGAAAGGUUCAUCGUGGAAAACUGAGGGUAUUUGCUUUGUCCUUUCUUUUCCCUCCAACGUAAGACUGCCUCUCUCCAUUUUGUAUGAGAAUUUUCCAUUUAAAAAUAAUGGCCUUGUUUUUUGGAAUUGGUGGGGGAGGGAAGGUUAAAUUACCAAAAUGAGAAUUUGGGGUAAGAUAAAAAGGUUUUUGUCAUCUGUAAAUUAAAGUGUAGGGUUUCUGUG